GGGGCUCAAAUUGGGUGCCCUGGUAGAGGAGGGGGGCAAGCUCCAGGACCUAGUCCAACCCCAGACACUGCUUGAGGCUUCCCUCUAGCUCCCCCUCCCUUCCUUUUCUCCCUUUCCUCCCUCCCUUUCUCCCUCCCCCCCCCCACCGGGCUGGCGUGCCAGGGGGUGGGACAUGCCAAUCACUGGCUGUGCCUCUCCCGCUGCCAGCACAGGGCGCAGCUCCCCCCGGGAGCCAGGUGUUUGGGUCCCUGGAGACGCUGCCGGCCCCCGGGGAGGUAGUGGGACUGAGGACCCUGCCGACCCCUCUCCAGCCCCUUGGUGAUGACCUUCCUCUGAGGAAGCCCUAUAGGGUGACUAGAGGAAGAGGCUGCCCACCCUGCCCCACCUGGCCACCAUGAACACCUCAGCCCCACCUGCCGUCAGCCCCAACAUCACUGUCCUGGCACCAGGAAAGGGUCCCUGGCAAGUGGCCUUCAUUGGGAUUACCACAGGCCUCCUGUCCCUGGCCACAGUGACGGGCAACCUACUGGUACUCAUCUCCUUCAAGGUCAACACAGAGCUCAAGACAGUUAAUAACUACUUCCUGUUGAGCCUAGCCUGUGCCGACCUCAUCAUUGGCACCUUCUCCAUGAACCUGUACACCACCUACCUGCUCAUGGGCCACUGGGCUUUGGGCACACUGGCUUGCGACCUCUGGCUGGCCCUGGACUAUGUGGCCAGCAAUGCCUCCGUCAUGAAUCUGCUGCUCAUCAGCUUCGACCGCUACUUCUCCGUGACCCGGCCCCUGAGCUACCGCGCCAAGCGCACACCCCGCCGGGCAGCUCUGAUGAUUGGCCUGGCCUGGCUGGUUUCUUUCGUGCUCUGGGCCCCGGCCAUCCUCUUCUGGCAGUACCUGGUAGGGGAACGGACGGUGCUGGCCGGGCAGUGCUACAUCCAAUUCCUCUCCCAGCCCAUCAUCACCUUCGGCACAGCCAUGGCUGCCUUCUACCUCCCCGUUACGGUCAUGUGCACGCUCUACUGGCGCAUCUACCGAGAGACGGAGAACCGGGCACGGGAGCUGGCAGCCCUUCAGGGCUCUGAGACACCAGGCAAAGGGGGUGGCAGCAGCAGCAGUUCAGAGAGAUCUCAGCCAGGGGCUGAGGGCUCACCAGACACUCCUCCGGGCCGCUGCUGUCGCUGUUGCCGGGCCCCAAGGCUGCUGCAGUCCUAUAGCUGGAAAGAGGAAGAGGAAGAGGAUGAAGGCUCCAUGGAGUCCCUCACAUCCUCAGAGGGUGAGGAGCCGGGCUCUGAAGUGGUAAUCAAGAUGCCUAUGGUGGACCCCGAGGCACAGGCCCCCACCAAGCAGCCCCCCCGAAGCUCCCCGAAUACAGUCAAGAGGCCAACCAGGAAAGGGCGUGAUAGAGCAGGAAAGAGCCAGAAGCCUCGUGGGAAGGAGCAGCUGGCCAAACGGAAGACCUUCUCACUGGUCAAGGAGAAGAAGGCAGCUCGGACCCUGAGUGCCAUCCUGCUGGCCUUCAUCCUCACCUGGACACCAUACAACAUCAUGGUGCUGGUGUCCACUUUCUGCAAGGACUGUGUCCCUGAGACCCUGUGGGAGCUGGGCUACUGGCUGUGUUACGUCAACAGCACCAUCAACCCCAUGUGCUACGCACUCUGCAACAAAGCCUUCCGGGACACCUUCCGCCUACUGCUGCUCUGCCGCUGGGACAAGAGACGCUGGCGCAAGAUUCCCAAGCGCCCAGGCUCUGUGCACCGCACCCCCUCCCGCCAAUGCUGAUGGCCCCUCUCCUGCACCCCUGCACCCAAGUCCCUGGGAAAGGCCGGCGGAAAGCGGGCAGAGGCUGCAUCCUCAGCUCCAGGGCCCGGGUCAGGCCUCACCUGGCUUCCCAGGCCCCUAGGUCACCUUCCUGGACAGCCCAGAGAGCCCCUGCCAACUUUCCAAACUUUGCUAUUCCCAGCCAGGGAGUGAAACCUGGGGAACUGGUUUUUCUGUUCCCUGCUGGGUGGGAUUGGGCUCUUCACCAGGAAGAAGGCCCGGGAGGAGGAUCCGGUCUUUGGGCUCCUUGUUUGCGUUUAGGCAGGAAGUCAGGAGCCAGCAGGGCGGGCCAGGAGAAACAGGCUUAACUUUAGUCUUCCUUGGCUCAGUGGUGGCCCACAUUGCGGUGUGAGACAGCGCCCUCUGGGGGCCACAGUCCAGAACUGACACCAACACCUGAGAAAGAAAAGCUUGGCAUCACAGGGAGCUGGGGAUCCACUCCUUCCACAGGCAGACCCCGCCCAGCUGGGCCCCAGGCACACUCCCCAGGAUUGUCCAGCCUCCUUACAAAUGUCCCCAGAGCAUCCCUAUGUGGGUCACCCCAAGGCAAAUGUCCAAAUAUAAGCAGGAUAACAAUACCAGAGGGGACCAGCUUAGCUAGCCACACAUCAAGUCCGGAGGCAGCAGCAGAACUCAGCUGCAGGUGUUCUGACUGUCCAACCAUGUCAUUUUCCUGGGUUCAGGGGGCAGGGGUGCUUUCUAGCCAGCCCCACACCCACACCCACACCCCUUGCCCCAGAAAAGCCUCAGUCCCUCCCUCCUGGCUCACAUGGAUCUGUUCUGUGCAGACCCAGCCAGGCCUCCCGCAUGCUGCCUGCCUCCAGCCUUGCCCCACACAGGCCUGGCCCAGCCAGCACUUUCUCCCCAUGCAUGGCCUCCCAGCCACCCUGCCCUCCAGGCCCAGCCUGGCCCCAGAUGUUCUAUCCUUCCAUGCUCAGCAAGUGCUGAGUCUGUGAAUAAAGCCACAUAACCAGCGGGCA